GCCUGCGAGGAGGCAAGGAGGAAGCGCUUUAGAACUCAGCCGAAAAGGAGAAGUUGAAAUAAUAGACAUCCUGCCACAAUGUUUUCUUCAAAGCCCAGACUUGUCGUACCUUAUGGCCUCAAAACUCUGCUCGAGGGAGUUAGCAGAGCCGUUCUCAAAACCAAUCCGCCGAACAUCACCCAGUUUGCAGCAGUUUAUUUUAAAGAACUUAUUGUGUUUAGAGAAGGGAAUGCGUCUCUGGAUAUAAAAGAUCUGGUUAAACAAUUUCAUCAGAUUAAAGUUGAGAAGUGGUCUGAAGGAACGACACAAGAGAAGAAACCAGAAUGUGCAAAAGAACAAAGAGGACCAUCUAUAGUUUCCCAGGAACCUACGAGGAUGGAAAAAUCUACGAACACAGAGGAGGACAAUGUAACUGGAUCGCUCUUUAGCAACAAAACCACUCAGUUCCCAUCAGUUCACGCUGAGCCUGAGGAGAUGACUAAAGCAGUUCGUGGUCCUUCAAAACCAUCCAGCCCGGAGAUUCCUACCCCGCCCUCAUCACCAUGUCCAGCAGCUGUCUCACCAGAGUUUGCCUAUGUCCCAGCUGACCCAGCUCAGUUUGCUGCUCAGAUGUUAGGUAAAGUUUCAUCUAUUCAUUCUGAUCAGUCUGACGUUUUAAUGGUGGACGUGGCAACAAGUAUGCCCGUUGUCUCCAACGAGGUGCUGAGUUCAGAGGCUGCUGAAGAUAACGUGGCGGCUGCUGCUUUGGUGUGUUCUGGAGAGGGGGGAGCAAUGCAGGUUGUAAGCAACGCCUCUUUCCUUGUAGGUUUGUGUUCUAAACGUAAAGACAGUGAGGCUGAACCCUCAACGGCUUCCUCACUCCCCUUGCAGGAUGAACAAGAACCUCCUGCUUGUGAUCAAGCUCCUAAGGUCCCUUUGCAGGCUGGUACUGGGGUUACAUCAACUGUUCACAUAUCAUCUAUCUAUAAAGAUGAGCCUGUGAUUGAAGGAGUUGCUUAUGUCCAACAACCACCAGAACAAAUAGUUAUCCCUUUUACUGAUCAUGCUGCUAGUCUUAAAGGGACUGAGCUGCCACCAUCAGGUAGUCCCGUAUGUGUAAACAAGACAGCCGCAGGCGUGUCUGAAAUAUCUGUAGGUUCUACAACAUUAGCACGGCUGGAGGAUGCAAACUAUCCCUCAGUACAUAUGGAGGCAGAAGCAACCGUUCUGAUCUCUGAAACCUCUUUGAAAGGUCUGCUUGCACAAUCCCUGGAUGUAGAGGGCUCUACCAAAGCCGUAGGCUCUGAAAAAUCUCUGCGCCUUGAAGUGGAGAUCAUUGCGCUAGUCUCUGGGCAGGAGGAAAACCUUGCAUCCCAGGAGAUGGAGACCAAAGCUGUGGUCUCCGGGGAAGCUGUGCACUCAGGCACAUCUGUAAGAUCAUCUAGUGGCCCCCCCCAGCCUGUGCCAGAAGGUCUUACUGAACCAGAAAUCGAACCAAAAUGAGAAGCAGCACCUGAACAAGGUUUGAUG